AUGUCUUCUUUCUUACCUUUCGCCUUUUUGCACUGGCCAGAACCCCAGCUACUCCCCAGUCACCUGUUCACAGUCAAUGUGUUGUUGUUAAAUCAUUGGUUAUUUUUAAUCGUUCUUACCUUGAGUGUCGAGGACAGUAAUGGAACUACUUUUAGUUCUUUUCAUGUGACUAUUUCCUGUAAGUUUACAGUUCACGUUCAUCUAUCUAUGCCUGAAGUCUGUUCAUAUCUAUCUAUGCCUGAAGUCUGUUCAUAUCUAUCUAUCUAUCUAUCUAUCUAUCUAUCGAUUUUCCAAGCGUGCGUGCGUGCGUGCGUGCCUUCCUGCCUGCCUAUCUAUCUAUCUAUCUAUCUAUCUAUCUAUCUAUCUAUCUAUCUAUCUAUCUAUCUAUCUAAUUCUGUUCAUAUCUAUCUAUCUAUCUAUCUAAUUCUGUUCAUAUCUAUCUAUCUAUCUAUCUAUCUAAUUCUGUUCAUAUCUACUCUAUUUAUCUACCUUUAUUCAUCCGUAGUUUCUUUCUUUCUUUCUUUUUUUUCUUUCUUUCUUUCUUCCCUCUGUUUUUUCUUUAUUUUCUUACCUUUCCUUUCUCCGUACACUCCGCCCCGCACUUACUUCUGGGUUUUUCGUCUUUCUCGCACACACAAUAAAGUUGAACUCUAG